AUGCGUUUGGAUCAGUAUUCAACCGCUGCUACUGUGCGCUUCUUACCUAUGGAUCAUGAUGCUCUUGUGGAACUGAAGUGGGUUUAUGUUCUUCUAUUUUUUCACUCACUUUUAUUAGGACUCAUUGUAAAUUCUUAUCAAGAAGGUGUGUGGAAGAUAAGAGUGGAGCUACCUGAUGCUUAUCCUUAUAAGUGUCCUUCUAUUGGUUUUGUCAACAAAAUUUACCAUCCUAACAUUGAUGAAAUCACGGGUUCAGUUUGCUUAGAUGUUAUUAACCAGACUUGGAGUCCAAUGUUUGAUCUUGUUAAUGUGUUCGAAGUGUUUCUUCCUCAACUUCUUAUAGACCCGAAUGCAUCAGAUCCAUUAAGUGGUGAUGCUGCUGCCUUGAUGAUGCGAGACCAUGCUGCUUAUGAACAAAAAGUCAAAGAGGAUUUUCAUUCUCGCAAACAUGAACUAGAGUCAUCAUUCGGAAUGGUAACCUGGACGAGGCAUAUUGCAAAACAUCCGCUUGAUCCUGCAGCUAAACUGUUACCAGAACCUUCAAAGUGGAAGGAAAGAGACGUUCUCUCGGUGAGAAAACAUGCAGAACUAAACCGUGGAUCAUCUUCCCAGACUGCUGACACGACGAAGCCGAAUUUGGAUCUUUUGGUGAUGGAUUUGGGAGAAAAGCUAUCAAGCAUCGAUCUAUGGAGUUCAUGGAGUGCUCAGAGAACACUCAGUGCUUUGAUUUUCAGUAGACAAAACAAGGAACCCGUUCCUUCACUAGGAAAUAUUUGGUGA